AUGUCGACCCAGCAAACUCAAACCCAGACCAUCGUGGAGACCGCACCUCCCAGACUGACGGUCAUCGGGUCACGAUCCAAAGAUGUGCCACGAAAGACGUCCUUGCGCCCAUACCUCGAGCUCACGCGGUUCACCAAGCCUGCCGGACUGUUGGGCGCCGCCUUCCCCUACUUCAUCGGCUUCCUCUACUCGGUCAACUUGACGAACCCAACAGCCCUCGACCCAGCCGAUUGGGCCAAGCUGAGCGGCAUCUUCAUGCUCGAUGUCCUGAUCCUCCGUAGCUUCGGCUGCGCCUGGAACGACACAGUCGACCAAGACCUUGACCGGCAAGUCGAGCGCUGCAAGAAGAGGCCGCUCGCCCGCGGUGCUAUCACCACGCCAGAAGCGCUCGCUACAACCCUUUUCCUUGUCGCAUCGCGCCACGUCCUAAUCAACGCUACCUUACCCGCCCGCGCGAGUGAACACGCCGUUUGGAUCACCUUCCUCGCCCUCGUCUACCCCUUCAUGAAGCGCUUCAGCAACUUCCCACAACUCUGCCUUGGCGGAGGUGUGGGCUGGGCCGUCUACUUGGUCGAUGCUGCUGUCGUUGAUGGACCAUACCCAGCAAGCUCGACGAACAAGCUCAACGUGGAGGAUCGCAGUAAGGCUCUACUCGCCAUGUGGGCCUGCCAGUCUCUUUUCAACAUCACCUACGAUACCGUCUACGCUUUCCAGGACAUCAGAGAUGACCUGAACGCAGGGGUGGGAUCGCUGGCUAUAGCCGUGCGCCACUACCCCAAGGUGUUCCUGCUGUCCAUCGCGAGCGCCAUGGCUGCCUUCUUGUGGGCGACCGUGACCUGUGGUGGUCUGAUGCGCGGUCCGUUCAUGGCUAGCGCCGCUGUGUCUUCCUUCGCUGCCUUUUUCAUGUUGGCUCGGCUCGACGUCUGGAACCCAGCCAGGUGUAAGGACUUCUUCGUCUACAGCCAGUGGUGGGUCAGUGGGGUUCUGGUGACUGGUCUGAUCGGCGAGCUGUUGAUGGCGAGGAUGUGA